UCAGCCGGCGCAGCCCGGAGCAGCUGGCCACAGCCCUGGCGGGAUGCAUGCGAUCCUGCUGCUGUGGCCCCUGGCGCUGGGGCUCAGCCUGGACGACGGCACCCAGACCCCCAACAUGUACGACGAGGGUGGGAGCGUGGGGGACGGUGACAGUGACGCCACUCCUGGCCCACUCCACCCUCGCAGCUUCCCCGGCCAGGCCCGCGCCAACGACAGCGACACUCUGGAGCUCCCGGACAGCUCUCGGGCGCUGCUGCUGGGUUGGGUGCCCACGAGGCUGGUGCCCGCGCUCUACGGGCUGGCCUUGGCGGUGGGGCUGCCUGCCAACGGGCUGGCGCUGUGGGUGCUGGCCACCCGGGUGCCUCGGCUGCCCUCCACCAUGCUGCUCAUGAACCUGGCGGCCGCCGACCUGCUGCUGGCCCUGGUGCUGCCGCCACGCAUCGCCUACCACCUGUGGGGCCAGCGCUGGCCCUUCGGUGAGGCUGCCUGCCGCCUGGCCACGGCCGCACUCUACGGCCACAUGUACAGUUCCGUGCUGCUGCUGGCUGCCGUCAGCCUGGACCGCUACCUGGCCGUGGUGCACCCGCUGCGGGCCCGCGCCCUGCGAGGCCAGCGCCUCGCCACCGGGCUCUGCAGUGCAGCCUGGCUGGUGGCGGCCGCCCUGGCGCUGCCCCUGGCACUGCAGCGGCAGACCUACCAGCUGUCGCACUCAGACCGCGUGCUCUGCCACGACGUGUUGCCCGUCGGUGCCCAGGCCUCCUACUGGCGGCCGGCCUUCACCUGCCUGGCGGUGCUUGGCUGCUUCCUGCCCCUGCUGGUCAUGCUGCUGAGCUACGGGGCUGCCCUGCGUGCGCUGGCCGCCGCCGGCCGGCGCUACAACCACGCACUGCGGCUGACAGCGCUGGUGCUGGCCUCGGCCCUGGCCUUCUUUGCGCCCAGCAACGUGCUGCUGCUGCUGCACUACUCGGCCCCGCGCCCUGAUGCCUGGGGGGACCUGUACGCGGCCUACAUGCCCAGCCUGGCGCUCAGCACCCUCAACAGCUGUGUGGACCCCUUUGUCUACUACUACGUAUCGGCCGAGUUCAGGGACAAGGUGCGGGAGGGGCUGCUCCGCCGGGCGCCAGGGGGCGCAGCGGCCUCCAAGGAAGGGGGCAGCGCGGGGAUGGGCACGAGGUCCUCCUCGCUCGUGUGACGGGCCCUCAGAAGGGGGCAGUGGGGAGGGGUGUUUGGGUUGAAUAGGGUCCCCUCCCAAUUCACGUCCCCCAGGGACCUCCGAAUGUGAGCUAAUUUGAAAAUAGGGUCUUUGCAGGUGUCAUUAGUUAAGAUGAGGUCACAAUGGAGUAGGGUGGGCCCUAAACCCGACAUGACUCGUGUUCUUAUAAGAAGAGGACACAGAGACACACAGGUGAAGACAGAGAUCGGGUGAUGCACAAGCCAAGGAACCCCGUGGACCGCGCAGCCCCCAGGCACUGGAAGAGACGCCUGGGAUGGAUACCCGGAGACUCGAGGAGCCAGCCCUGCCCACCCCUCAUCUCCGGCUUCUGGCCUCCUGAACUGUGAGACAAUAAAUUUCUGUUGUGUUCAGCCCGUUUGCGGUCCUUUGUUACAGCAGCCCCAGGAGAUGAAGGCAAGGGUUAAAUGCAGAUUUCAGGCCCAGUCGCACCCCCCGACUCGCCCAAGCAGGAGCCCAUGAUGCUGCAGUUGACCGGCUCCCUCCUGUCCAACAGGGGAUGAGGCGAGGCUGAUGCUGCCCUGGACCCACCGCAGGCCCCUGCCCAGCGCUAGGCUCAGGACCCCACCUCCAAGUGCCUCAUGUCGGUUCUAUUUGGCCCAGAUAGCCUGGGGCCGGGUUCGUGGUCCUCGUUCCCAGAAGUCCAGAUUCCAGCUUUGGGCCAGGCCCCAGGGCUUGGGGCAUUUCCUGAGGAAGCACAGUGGAGAGCCCCACUCUGCUUUCCAGAGCCUGGUGCAGCCCGUCACUGGGAGCCACAGGGCUUGGCCUCCCACUGUCCCCCUGGCCACAAGACAUCACUUCCCUCCCCAAACCUGUGGUCUGAUUCCUUUUCUGGCUUGAGUUAACUUUCCCGCGGUCCAGGAGGGUGGGGUAACAAGAGGAUGGAUGGUGUGCACCCAGGGCCAGGGAGUGCAGCCUUGCGACCCCCACACCCUGCUGCCUGCUCUGAACUGAGUCAGGGGGCAC